ACUCUCCAGAAUGGCGCAAAAAGCUGGACUCAAGACGACUUUCGAGCCUUUGCGCGUUAUCCAGCCUAUAUACACCGGAGGCAGCGUCGCUCUCAGCAGGAACGGCCGCAUCCUAGCGACAUGCCUAGCCGAAGAUGUGCUUCUGACCGACCUUGCGACAGGCGCUGAGCUUGGCCGCAUUGAAGGAGAUGGAGAAGUAAUCACCACACUCUGCCUGACACCUUCGGGCUCGCACCUGAUCACAUGCUCCCGCUCAUUGUCUAUGCGCAUCUUUUCUCUGAAGCCUUCAGCUUCCGAAGACGCAGUCAUCGACGCGGACCUUACGAGAACCUUGAAGCCGCAUACGUCGCCUGUCGUAGUAUCCGUUACCGACCGUACCGGGACUUUGUUAGCAACUGGAGGUGCAGAUGGUGUCGUCAAAGUAUGGGAUAUUCGCGGUGGCUAUACCACCCACACUUUCCAUGGUCACAGCGGCGUCAUUGCGUCACUGCGGUUCUUCGAGGCGCAGGUCUCGAGUCGUGAUGAGGGAAAGAAUGGAAAGAACCGCAGGAAAAAGACAAACUCCAGACCAGAAGAGAAGCCUGAUGACGAGGGCGAUACUUCCUUAAGCUAUCGGCUGGCUUCCGGAGGAGAAGACGGCAAGAUUCGGAUAUGGGAUCUUCACAAGCGGAAAAGCAUUGCUGUGUUGGAUUCGCAUGUUUCCGUCGUGCGGAGCAUCGACUUCUCGGUACAAGAGAACGCCUUGGUCUCGGGGAGCAGAGACAAGACGGUCAUGGUUUGGGAUGCGCAAACAUGGAAAGUACGGAGCACGAUUCCGGUGCUAGAAGGAGUUGAGAGCGUUGGCUUUACUGACAAUAGCUCUUUGAUAUUUACCGGCGGAGAAAACGGAAAAGUUCGAUUAUGGGCGAUCUCUGGAGGAAGAGAGGUGACGAGAGAGCAAGUGGCAGGAACGGAGACCGAGGGCAUCAUUGCCAUUAUUCGGCACGAAGGCUUACCCUACCUUCUGUCGGUCCACGCCGAUCAAACUCUUGUUUUGCACUCGACAGGCCAGUUGGCAGAUUAUGAUGAUGCGCAGACAAUGUCUCCAUUGCCGAUUUUACGACGCAUAUCCGGUACUCACGACGAGGUCAUUGACUUGGCAUAUGUCGGAUCGGAUCGAUCUUUCCUCGCACUGGCUACAAACCUUGAAGACGUCCGCAUCGUUUCCUUGGCACCUCGCGAGGACGUCGCUGACGAACAAAUUGGGGGCAACUAUUUCGGUGCUGAUGUAGCUCUUCUAAAGGGCCACGAGGACAUCAUCAUUUGUCUGGAUACGGACUGGUCCGGACAUUGGCUUGCAACCGGCGCAAAGGACAACACCGCUCGUCUUUGGAGAUUGGAUCCUGAGCAGAAUUCUUACGUCUGCUUCGCCACAUACACUGGUCACGCUGAAUCGCUUGGAGCCAUCGCCUUACCUAAAACUCCGCCGCCAGCUGGCUCAGCCGCACACUCUCAUCCUUUGGACCAUCCUCCUUCUUUUGUUGUUACCGGCUCGCAAGAUAAAACUAUCAAGCGGUGGGACAAUGCACACACACUCAAAGAUCCCACAAGACCAUCAAAAGCCACGUGGACCCGGAAAGCUCACGAUAAAGACAUCAACGCCAUCGACACAAAUUAUAAUGCCACACUCUUCGCCACAGCCUCCCAAGACAGGACCGUGAAAAUCUGGUCCACUGAAGAAGGAGAGACACAAGGUGUGUUACGAGGUCAUCGUCGUGGCGUAUGGAGUGUCAAAUUCGCGCCCAAAGAGACGCCGCAAAUCGACGGAAGCGGAAAUCGUGGUUUAAUCGCCACAGGCUCCGGCGACAAGACGGUCAAGGUUUGGAGCUUGACCGAUUACAGCUGCCUUUUGACCUUUGAGGGUCACACCAACAGUGUGCUCAAAUUGGUUUGGUUGAAUCCGCUGCCUGCGAGCGAAGCUCGGGAUAAAAGAGGAGCCCAAGUUGCUUCCGCCGGUGGUGAUGGUCUGGUCAAAGUGUGGGACCUCAGUUCCGGUGAAGUGGCGUGCACGUUGGACAAUCACACUGACCGUGUUUGGGCACUCACUGCAAACCCACUUUCCAACAGCCUUGUUUCAGGUGGUGGUGACAGCGUCAUCACGUUCUGGGAGGACACAACGAGUGCUACUAUGGAGGCUGCUGUGACGCGAGAAUCGGAGCGUGUAGAGCAGGACCAAAGGCUACAAAACUUUGUGCAUGCUGGGAACUUCCGCGAGGCAAUCACUCUCGCACUGCAACUUAACCAGCCAGCGAGACUCCUUAGCCUUUUCAAAGGUGUCGUCGAGGCUGAGGAGCAGGAUGAAGGGAGUUUAUCCGGCAAAAGCGCUGUCGACGAGGUCUUGUGCAGUCUUGCCGAUGAGCAGCUCUUGACCCUGCUGUUAAGAUUGAGAGACUGGAACACGAAUGCCAGAACGGCUGCUGUUGCUCAGAGAAUCCUGUGGGCAGUGAUGCGCUCAUAUCCGGCUACGCACCUCUCAAACCUGAAAGCCACCGGAGGUCUCCAGGCCAGAAGCACUGUGAAGCAGAUUAUGGAUGCUCUUGGAGCUUACACAGAGCGACACUACAGACGACUAGACGAGCUUGUUGACGAAAGUUACUUGUUAGAUUUUACGCUAAGGGAGAUGGAUGAGGUCGUCGGCUAAUCUCCUCUGUAUUUGGUUAGAUGUGGUUCAUAGUUUUCUUUCGCACGAGUCUAGGAACUCAUUGAGGGCUUAUUGAGGGCUCAUUUGUGUCAGGAACGGCAACUGUAGUAGCGUAGUCCACCUCUCACGUAUUUUCGUGGUGGCCCACGAGCAAGAUUGAUAGUCUCGGAGGAAGCACGCAAUGUGAUGGUGUUUCAUUUUGGUAAUACAAACUAUCCAAAUAUCAGUGAGUG